GAGCCAGAAACACCAGAGGCUAAACCAGAGGUGGCAUCAACACGGAGACCAGCCAGCGCAGACAGUCAGCAGCAGCCUUAUCCCUGUUACAAGGAGCCCAACGGGAGCAAGAAGAAAAAAAUCCAGUGGGCCUAUUACGGAGACGUGAAACUCCGAGCGGUAUUUCCUGGGAGAGCCAAUGCUUGCCGUUGGAAGCAAGGAAGAAUCGACACCGUCUCACCGUGCCGUUAUUCCAAAAGGCUGCGGAAGAGCCACCCGCCCAUCCAGGUGGAGAUGCUGUCUUCGACUCCCCGCAAGGUGAAACCUAAGCUGAAAGAGCAGCCACCUCCUGUGCCGCAGACCCCCAAGGACCAGAUCAAGCACUGCGAGGACUGUGGUAAAAAUUUCAACGGAACGGCGAGUUUCCUCCGCCACCGUAUACGACACACGGGGGAGAAGCGCUACGAGUGCUGUUUCUGCGGGAGAGGGUUCUGCUGGCGGUCUGACCUGGUCCGCCACGAAUGCCAACACACCGGCAAGAAGCCGCACGAGUGCUCCUUCUGCGGACAAGGCUUCGACCGCAAGUGGUUACGGGUAAAACAUCAGCAGACCCACCUGCAAAGCAAGCCGAAUCUUUGACCAGCGGGAAGAUGCACAGCAACAAGAAGAGGAAAAAAACAUAUUUUUUUUUUCUGCAGCUUUGAAUUCAAACAGGCAAUAGUACCUCAUCCACUUUUUUUAGCAUUACCUUUCUCGGAAAUAAAAAUGGUGUAAGGCAGUGGUUCUCAACCUUUUCUAGUGCCGCAACCCCAUAAUACAUUUCCCCAUGUUAUGGUGACCCCCAACCACUUAUACAUCACUGGGUGCCAGGGGCGUGGCCAAAGAAAAGGGGGAAAAAUGGCAGACAGCCUUGUUUGGCGACCCCCGUGAAAUGGUCGUUCGACCCCAAAUGGGGUCCCGACCCACAGGUUGAGAACCACUGGUGUAAGGGAAAAGCAGGCCAGAAACCACCAUCUCUGAUGAGGGUUUGGUAAUAAUCUCCCUCUUACUUGGGAGAAUUUUGAAAUGUCCUGAGAUUUCAGGUGUCCGAUAUAUUUUUCGGGCAGAAACUGGAGGCUGCAUUUAAUCGCAGAGCUGCCAAUAUCUGUUGGCAGCUGGUCGCAGAUCCCUGGUUUGAAAUUUUUAUCCCAUGCGAAGGUGGCCAUCUUGUUUUUUAAAAAAUGUUUUUUAAUGAGCCAGCUUUUCAUUAAAAAAAAAAGAGAGAGAGCGCAAACGAAACUUCCCAAUUGCUUUUGUGCUCAUAGCUUUAUUGGCAAAAAUGACGACUAGAACGGUCGAUCUGCUUCCCGGGUUUGGCGUGAGAUUUAAGAAAACCUUGGGGACUCUUUUUGCGGUUUAAUGAGAAAUAUACAGCUGGUCUUUGACUUACGACGAGAAUUACAGUGCCACAUCGUGCUGGUUGUUAAGCAGCUGGAAACUGGUCAUAAAUUGAGGACUGCCUCUAUAUUCUGUUCUCUCUGCUUUCCGGAUGAAUAAUGCUUCUUGUGUAAAAUACUUGGUUUCACACGUAGUGAUCUUGAGAAUGUAUACAUACUAGGAAACCAACUUAUUUGCAAUUUACUGAUUGAAUAAAUUGCUGCCUAAUAACCAAAGGAAAGAGAUAGUCAUUAAUCCUAUUAAUAGGAUUAGCAAUUUUUCGUCCCAGUCUUUUAUCCCCUGUACAUUUUAACAUGUUAACUUUCAUCUCCCCAAAUGGCUACCCGGCGUGGCUUAUGGGCUUUGGGGAACUGAAACCUACCUGCCCAGGGCCAGGGAUAGAUUAAAGGGCAGCAAAGCAGAGGUUUAAAGGUGUGAAGCUCUUUAGAUAUAUUAAAAUCUCAAUAUGAUAUAGGAAUCUCACAACACUGGUUGCAGUUUCCUCUUUUAGACAUGACAAGUACCUGUCUGGCCUCAGUUUUUCGUAACGCUGGUAGCCCUGUCCAGCCUUUGCAGAAGUCUCAAAAAAAGAAAGAAAUGUACAGUAUGGUAAGAAUCCAGGUCACAAAGAUGGGAGACAUUUUAUAAAUAUUCUCCUGGCAUGCCUUGUAAUGUGACAAGAAAACAAGCGCCUUCUAAAUGCUCAAGUCCUGCUCGGAUCUUAAAGAAAAUUACAAUGUAUGUGAAUGGGGGAGAGGAUCUGUUUCCAGAAUUUAUACUGUUGGCCAGGGGUCUUUACAAUUGGCCCUUUUAUGACUUGUGGACCAACUCCCAGAAUUCCUCAGCCAGGAGUUGAAGACCACAAGUCAUAAAAGGGCCAAGUUUGGAAGACCCCUGCUGUUGGUUGGUGUUGGACAAAAUUGUAUUUUUCUCUGUGUUUUAUAAUUAGCCUCUUGGUGUUAAUUGUUUCUGGUUUCCACUCAGUCAACUGCAUUAAAUUGCUAUAUACGCGGGCUCUUCUCUGAGACAGUAGUGCAUUUUGAGUUUGUUGAUUAACCGUUUUUCAGCUUUCGUGCUAUUUUACAAGUUUUUUUUUCAAUAGCUAAAGUAUCGGCUGAUAAU